AUGGAACAAAAACUCUCAAUUGAUGAACAGAUGUGUGCCACGAAAGUGGCACACUUCAUGAAGCAGUAUUUACCUAAUAAGCCCCAUAAGUGGGGGUUUAAAUUAUAUGUGAUGUGCAGCGUGAAAGGUUAUGCUCAUAAAUUUGAAAUAUAUACUGGCCAAGAGAAUGAACGGCUUCCAGAUGAACCAGAUUUUGGGCCAGUGGGAAAUGUUGUAGUCCGGCUUGCUAGAGGUGUCCCAAGGCAUAUAAAUCAUAUAAUUUAUUUUGAUAAUUUUUACACCUCUGUACCUUUAGUUACCUAUCUUGCCAAACAAGGAAUCUAUAGCCUAGGUACUGUCCAAUCUAACAGGCUAGUGAACUGCAAACUGCCGGACAAAAAAACAAUGAUGAAGAAAUCUGUUCCUCGUGGAACUUAUGAAGAGCAGAUGACUGAAUUUGACGGUAUUGAUGUGACAGCAGUUACUUGGAAGGACAAUAAAGUUGUAACUUUUCUAUCUUCGUAUGUUGGAGCUGAACCUGUGGGCCAAGUAGAAAGAUUUGACAAGGCAAAUAAGACUAGAAUUAAAAUUUCAUGCCCACAUAUAAUUAAGGAAUAUAAUGCCCAUAUGGGUGGAGUGGACCUAAUGGAUAGCUUUAUUGGGAGGUACCGAAUUGCAAUGAGAAGCCGAAAGUGGUAUCUUCGUAUCUUUUACCACUUAUUGGACAUGACGGUAAUAAAUUCUUGGCUUGUGUAUAAAGAUUUAAAAAUAACUGAAGCCAAUUCAUCAGUUCUAAACUUAUGUCACUAUAGACUGGAACUAGCUGAGGUAUUAGCCAAAGUAAAUAACUCAUUUGAACUCUGCAACAAAAGAGGAAGGCCAAGUACCAGCAACAGUGUUGAAAUGGAAAUACAAGCAAAGAAAAGGAGAGGACCAGCUCAACAUAUUCCUCCUAAGGACAUAAGAACUGAUAAUGUUGGUCACUGGCCUGGUAAUUGUGUUCGCAGCAGAUGCAAAAUGCCUGGAUGCAAGGGAUACACGCAAACAAGGUGUGAGAAGUGUUGA